UUCUUCUUUCUAUAUGGGCAAUCGGAAACUGAUCUUCUUCCUAGCCGGCGUUAUCGCCGCCGCCGUACAUUUUCCGGCGACGGCAGGUUACAGCGUGGUCCAGUUCGGGGCGAAAGGUGACGGGAGGACCGACUCGACGGCGGCCUUCCAGGCGGCGUGGAAGGCCGCGUGCAACACGGCCGUGUCGUCGACCGUGUCGGUACCCAAAGGCACGUUCCUGCUCCGGCCGGUGUCCUUCACCGGACCGUGCCGGAACAGAAUCCUCUUCCAAAUAUCCGGCACCAUCGUCGCCCCCGACGACUACAACGCCAUCGGAAAAUCCGAAUUCUGGAUCCUCUUCUACAAGGUCACCCGCCUAACUGUCGUCGGCGGCACCGUCGACGCCAAGGGCCAGCGGUUCUGGUCGUGCCGGAAGAACGGAAACAACCAUUGCCCCCCUGGGGCUAGGUCGAUUUCGUUCCAGUGGUGCAGCAACGUGGUGGUGAGUGGACUAUCUUCUCUGAACAGCCAGACUGUGCACAUCGCCAUUAAUGAAUGCAGCAACAUGAGGCUGCAGAAUCUGAGAAUUGUGGCGCCGGCGGGCAGCCCGAACACGGACGGCGUCCACGUGGAGUCGUCGCGGGGGGUGACGGUGAUCGGGAGCAGCAUCAAGACCGGAGACGACUGCAUAUCGAUCGGGCAGGGAGGGAUGAACGUCUGGUUGGAACGAAUCGGAUGCGGCCCUGGCCAUGGCAUCAGUGUAGGAAGCCUAGGCAACGGUUUUAACGAAGCCGGGGUGCAAAACGUGACGGUCACAAAUUCAAUGUUCACAAGGACACAAAACGGUGUCAGAGUGAAGUCGUGGGCGAGGCCAAGCGGAGGCUAUGCAAGGAACCUUGUGUUCAAAAAUCUCGUUAUGAGGUACGUCGCCAAUCCCAUCAUCAUAGACCAACAAUAUUGCCCCGACAACCGUUGUCCUCAUCAGAGUUCAGGAGUGCGAGUGAGCGACGUGACUUACAAGAACAUUAAGGGGACAUCCGCGACGCAAGUGGCAAUGACAUUCCGGUGUAGCCGGACCAAUCCGUGCCGUGGAAUCAAACUUCAAGACAUUAAGUUGAGCUAUGUCGAUAAACUAAAGAGGCCCGCGAUUGCGUAUUGCGAAAAUGCGUUAGGAUCGAGCAUCGGAGGUGUGUUUCCGAGAAGUUGUUGGAAGUAGGAGUAAGCGUGGAGGAAUAGUUCAAGAUUUUGAUUUCGAAAUUAAAAUUUAACGAUAAAAAAUAUUUCAAACUUAAAAGAGAAAUGAUAAUAAAUUUGAAUUUGAAUCAAAUACUAAACAUAGUUAGUAUUUGAAUGUUGUAAUUUUGUUACAUGUAUAUAUAGUUUGAAAUCUUCGAUCAUUUUCUUAUACAUCAAAGCUCAAAACAAAAGAA